AUGGGUAAACAAGUGAACUCCAGAUAUUUCAAGAAGGAAGAGAUGGAAGCAGAUGCUACAACUAACAUUACAGCACCAAGCUUUCGAGGCAAAUUGGAUCUCUCCUCUUUUACAUACUCUCCAAAUCCACCUUCACGCCCUCGUCGACAGAUUACCCAAAUAAAUUCCCGGAAUCCUUUGUCAAAAACAUCAACCUCACAAUCAUCCCUUUCUCCUUUGAAGCAGGAGUUCCAUACCGACGCUCCCAAUGUCACAGCAGAUUAUGAAUCAGAAUUCGAAAGGAACCGGUUGGAGGCUUCGAAUUGCAAAUCGCCCGAGCAAGCAACGCAUGGAGACGGGAAUCACAGAGUUGAAUCGUCAUAUAAUGCUGCUGGACGAAUCUCCCCAGAAAGAAUGAGUGAGCAGCACGAUCGACUCAUCAAAAUGGAGCUGCGGGGCAAUUGUACGCCUUCCCCUAUAGAUUCGCCUAUACCGACAAGUGCUCGAAAGAGGCUGCCACCUACAUUGUGCCCCGUCGAAGCUCGUAAACAUGCAAACACAACACCUUCUCCCCUAAAACGCAAGCUCGAGACACUUUCCGCUACACCAGUAGGCAAAUCAUCUCCGGCCAAACAACGUCGUUCCCGCGCUGGCGGAGGCUACAAGCCUCCAUCCCACUACGCGCAUCUCUCUUUUCUCCCCGAUGUCAUAGCACCCAAUCUCCUAUGUCUUUUCGUAGGUCUCAAUCCAGGUUUGCUAACCGCUCAAGUUGGCCACGCCUAUGCACAUCCUUCUAAUCGUUUUUGGAAAAUACUCCAUUCAUCAGGUUGUACUACUCGACUUUUGAAGGCGGAGGAUGAUGUAAAGUUACCAGGGUUAUAUUCUUUAGGAAAUACAAAUAUUGUGGAAAGACCUACAAGAAAUGGAGGGGAGUUGUCGAAAAAAGAGAUGGAUGAGGGAGUGAGUUUGUUAGACGAGAAGAUCAGAGUUUAUAGACCGGAGGCUGUGGCAUUAGUUGGGAAGAGUAUUUGGGAAAGUGUGUGGAGAGUAAAAAAGGGGAAGGCUAUGGCAAAGGAUGAGUUUAGAUAUGGGUGGCAAUCGGAAGAAGAGAAUUUGGGAAUUAUAAAGGGUGAAAAUUCUUGGAGAGGAGCCAAACUUUUUGUGGCAUCCAGUACGUCUGGUCUAGCAGCAUCAUUGUCACCUGCGGAAAAGGAGAAGAUAUGGGGAGAACUGGGGUCUUGGAUUGCGCAAAGACAAAAAGAAAGAGAUGGGCUAAUUGAAGUGAAAGAAGAGAUAGAAGACUGUGGCUGA